AUGCCAGGCCGCCCAAUCGACGCUGCGCCGGCGCAGGAGCGCUUUUCGGACAGUCGUUGCAGGGGCCCUGGUCGAGAUCCAAGGACAGGCCGCGAUGCACUGCAGAUCGACCGUUCCAGGAGAAACCCGAGGAGAAUCCUCGUGGGCUCGUCGGAAGCAAGCAAGCAAGCUCGCUCGCUGCUGCUGCCACCGCUGUGGCUGCUGGGAUCGAGCAGAGGUCCCCCGGCACUGCCCUCGGAGCGGAACAACCCUCGCCGAGUCUCUUCGUCUCACACACGCCGCUGCCGCCGCCGGAUGACGAUUCAAGUCGCCGGCGCUGCAGCCGUGCGUCGCCGACGGCUGAUUGAUAUCUAUGGACGUCGUACAAUACACGCUGUCGGCUGGCUGGCUGGCUAUCCUGUCUGGCCGUCCAAGGGGUGUGGGUUGGUGUGCAUGUGCGUGGUGUUCUGCGAGUGA